AUGAGAGAAAGCGGUAGAGCAUCGCCCACGUACUGGCAGCCCGGGGUCGCCUCGCUCGCCCUUGCCGCCCGGCUCGCCCUGCGCCCCCUGCAACACGCGGACUACUCUCAUACCUACAUCUCGCCCGCACUUUUCGCACGAAUCCCGACCGAGAUCGAGGGACGAAAAGAGAUAUCGUGGCCCUUCGCGGUAGGAGAAUGCGCAACAAAUGAAGCGCAGCGGGAGAAGAAGCAAAUUUACACAGCGGUGGGACGAGGGCACGGCAGCGGCACAUUCGGCGAAGCUAGUUUUGGUAACGUGGUACGUACGAAGAGCGGGGCGCGGAGGGCGCGCGGCGGGGGCGCGGCCGAGCGGCGCCCGCCUCGCCCCUACGAGCGCGCGAAGGUCGGCGGCCAGCGGUUCUCCUGCGCCACAGCGGCGGGU